CAGUGUCCCACAAUCCUCCUCUCUCGGUUCCUCUUUCCUCGCUCAAGAUGGCGCUGCUCGUAAUACAUUCUUGGCGCUGGGCAGCCGCGGCGGCUGCUUUCGAAAAGCACAAACAUUCGGCAGUUGUGACCAGGCCUCUAGUCUCCGUGUGUGGCUCAGGCCUGCGGUGGAAGCCGCAGCAGCGCGGCGUGACAGGAAGCGCUCGGAUACGCCAGACUACAGAGUCAUUAAGAAAUGCUACAUGGCAGAAAUGGGGAAAAGACAAUUCAAGACAUUUACUAGAUGCUUCAAAGGCUCUCCUGGCAUGGCCAGUGAUAGAAAAGAGAACAUGUUGGCAUGGGCACGCAGGAGGAGGACUCCACACAGACCCAAAAGAAGGGUUAAAAGAUGUUGAUACUAGAAAAAUCAUUAAAGCAAUGCUUUCUUAUGUGUGGCCCAAAGACAGGCCAGAUCUCCGAGCCAGAGUUGCCAUCUCCUUGGGAUUUUUGGGUGGUGCAAAGGUAAGAAUAUGCAUGCG